AUGGUAUUUGAGGUACUAAUAUUACCAUAUAGCUGGAUUCAUUCAGGAGGUUCUGCCAAGUUCGAAGGGUUGAGAAACCUUAUUAAUCGUUCCUACGAUAAGCCAAGAUUCAAAUAUGGAAUUAUCAAAUCGUCCCGCAUAAAAAAAGUUGAUUCUAUUCUAAGUGAUCUUUCAAUCGACUUGAAAGACGAAAUCUGUUUAUACAUUUUACUAGGAUCAAAACAAACGUUUGACCAAUUAAAGCAAGAUGAUGGAUACAUACGAGAUUUUUCCCAUGAAGCUACUACAUUUGAAGACUGUUUCCAUUGUGAUAUACCUGAGCGAUACUAUCCAUUAUUCAAUUUAGACAAAUUGAAUUCGGAGGUCAAAGUACUGGUUGUCUCUGAUGAUUUUGAAUUAGAUAACAAUGUUCUCAGCCGUGUGAUUGCAAGCGUUGGUGUUAGAUCCUUUCAUGGAAACUCAAGACCAAAUGCCAAGGAAUUUGAAUUAACAUGCUUCACUUCUUAUAUGAGAAAAGCCGGUCAGUUAUUUCUCGAAUUUGUAAUUAACCACUGUUUGCUUAAUGAGUCAAGGUUUCAGUUAUUAUCAAGAAAAGGUAUAUUAUCGGAUUUCUCAUGCAUUGUGUUGCAUGGAGAAGUGAUACAGGAACAUGAUUUGGUUAGAUAUUACGUCAAUAAUUGUUCUUUCACUGAAUCUGAUAAACAGCCAGUAUUGAUAAAGGUUGGAAGAGAUAUGCAAACAGAAAAUAGCAUUUUAGAAAAAGAUAUCUUAGCCAGUAGACUGUUUCACAUUGCAUUCAUUUUCAGAGAAGUUCAGGUACAUUUAUAA